CAUUCUUUAUAACAGAAUACGUAUCAAUACUUGUUAAACUUAACUACGAUGAGUGUUGCAACUACUUACAGAGCCUACCAGCAGGUGCUCAAUAUAUCGAUUCAACCAAAAUCCAUAAAAUCCGUUAAUAAAAAAUCUAGCGGUAUUACAGCUAAAUCAGAACCUUUAGCUGUAACUAACAACAACAAUAAUAACAAUACUAAUGCAAACAUUAAAAGAAGAACUAAAACUGGAUGUUUAACUUGCAGAAAGAGAAAGAAGAAGUGUGAUGAAGAUAAAGUGAAUGGAAAAUGUCAAGGAUGUACUAGAAACUUUUUAGAAUGUUGCUGGCCUGAACCUACUACUGUCACAACCACUAAGUGUAAAGUACAAAAGGAAAAUAUUAAAGUAAAAUCUUUAUCAUCUCCAGUCUUAAAGUCUACAAAGUGUUCUAUUUCUUCCCUUUUAAUACCCGAUACAGUCAAGAUAGAAUCAGUUGCUGAAGUUAAAGUUGAACAACAAGUUACUAAUCCAUACCCAAGUCCUUCACAAUCACCUCUCAGCCAUGGUAAGAAUGAUAGUAAUGAUAUCAGUUUUAUUGCUUUACCACCUUUAUUGAGUGUUCCUUACAAAAUUUCCAAUAAUGAUAGUAAUAUAAGAGGUAUAAAAGAAGAAGAACAAAAAGUAACAGUUCCUUCCCCAGGUUCAUCUGCUAGAAGUAGUAUUGUUGAAGCAACCACUACCGUACCUUCAGCAGCUAAAUUUGUCAUCACUUCAGUUAAUGCUCAAAAGGAUUUAUGCCAAAUUCCAAGUAAUUAGUUGGAGUUCCAUAAAAAAUUUCAUUUUAUUUCUGGUUAUAUAGAGGGUAGUACUUUAGUGCUAUCUAUUUUGGAGUAAUUUUAUAGGUUUAAGGUCAAAUAUACAUUUUUGUAUUAUUAA